UUCUUCCUAAUGUCCGACUUAAAUCUUCCCCCUUUCCAAUCUAAAGCCAUUCUCCCUCGUCCUAUCACCGCAGGCCCUUGCGAAGGGCCCCGUUUCCCUAGAAGUCUUAUCUUCAGAGCCAAACCAGUUGCGAACAGCGCCACAGCUCGGGGCAGCGCGGGACUCACCCAGCACCGGGGCCACGAGCCUCCGGGCCAGGCACAGCCCACGGCAGCCGCCUCGGGGCGGGGCCGCGACUCCCACGCGGCGCGGGCCGGGAGCCCUGGACCCCGCCCCAGGCCCCGCCGCCGCCCGAGGGGCCGGGCCGGGCCCCCGCCGCUGCUCCCGGCGGCACCGAGUCCGCACCGUGGGGCGGAGCGGCCCGACGGCCCCGAGCCCAGCGGUGCACCCUCCGCGCUCCCGCCCCCCCCGCGCCGGGCCCCGCUCACCGCGCCGGUCCCGCCGCGCCCGAGGCCGCCGCCCGCCAGGACAAAGGCGCCAACCGCGACUGCUGCGCGGCACCGUCGCAAAACGGAGAUGGGAGACGGGAACGAGAAGUUCUGGGAGCCUGGUGAUGCCAUAAGAUGCUUUGAUAAGCAGUAUGAACACAAGGGCAGGUGCUGCAACCGGUGUCAGCCAGGGGAAAAGCUGGUCUCCGAAUGCAAUGUCACAGGAGAUUCUGUUUGCACCCGCUGUGAGAGCGGACACUAUCAGCCGAGCUGGACCAGGGAGAGCCACUGUACUCCCCACGACAUCUGUGAUGACAACACCGGCCUCAUUGUGAAGACACAAGGCAACACAACACACAACACGGUGUGCCAGUGCCGGGUCGGCAUGCACUGCUCUGACACCAGCUGCCAGACCUGCGUGGAGAACCAGCCCUGCCGGCACGGCUUUGGCUUUGUGGCAGCCAAGGCUGUGGCCCGGAUGUCUUCCCCCUGCGAGCCCUGUGCAGAAGGCACCUUCUCCAAUGUUUCUUCUAAAACCGAGCCAUGCCAUCCCUGGACAAGCUGUGAGGAGAAGGGGCUGGUGCUGAAGGUCAAAGGGACGAACACCUCGGAUGUGAUCUGUGAGUCGAGCAGGCGUUCCUCGCUGUCGGUGCUGAUCCCCAUCACAGCUGCAGUCGUCACAUGCCUUGUGGGCAUCUGCAUCUACUGCCUGGUCCGCACCGAUCCCAAGCGACAAGUGCAGAAGCAGGUAGGGGCUGGGAAGCCUGAAGAGAACCUGGAGCCCAUGGAGCAGGGGGAAGUCUUCCCUGUGCAGGAGACCUUGCUUACGCACCAGCCUGUGGCCCAGGAGGACGGCAAGGAGAGCCGCAUCUCAGAGCAGGAGAAGCAGUGAGGGCGCAGGGCACGGCCUCCAACGGGAGCACAGACCGGGGCCAGCACCGUCUGCUCUCCAGACGGGGAGGAAAUCUUUCGUCUGGCACUGCCACAGACGACGCGACGCUGCAGCGGAGCAGGGCACCCGCGGGGCCACCGCGGCAGCGCCCCGGGGCUGCCCCAGCGGAGCCCGUUCCUGCCCGGGGGCCGCGGGGAGCCCGGCGGGCCGGGGCGGCGCUGGUGCGAGCCCCGAGCAGAGCUGGGGCUGCGGGGCCGCCGAGGCAGAGGGGCCCGGAAGGGCCGGCGGUGGAGCUCAGGGGGCGGUGUCUGCGCACCGCGGCCGUGCGGGGCCGGGAGGUGGCGCUGCGGGACCGGCGCGGCGCUCGGCGGGGCUGCCCAGCACCUCCCGCCGUCCCGUGGGCACCGCAGCCCCGUCCCGCACCGCCCGCGGGGCUCGAUCGUUCUCGCCA